GAGUUGAGAAACACCCGCUGCAGGCCUCAUACAGGCUGCUUGGAGGUUUUAUGCCACCAACCUUUCCCGUACAGAUCUGGUGUCCACGUGGGAUUUUUAUGAGCAGACUGUAGCUAUUCCGAUGUACAGACUUAUCCCACCUCUGAAUCAGCUGGACCUGCUGAGGAAUCUGAAGGGCAAAUCAUUCAGGAAGGAGUCACAAACAGAAACCUCUCCCAGUCGGAAGCUGAGUCUGAAGGACAAACUGUUUCCCAGUCCUUCUAAGGCUCCUGUGUCCAAGGGGAAAGCCCAGUCUCCAGGUGGAGCAGAUGAUGGUGCUGAAGCAAGCCCCAGCAAGGUCACCAAGAGCUGGAGCUUCACCGACAAGAACCGAGGGGCGAAAAAUGCCUUCAAAGCUCAGGGCAGCACCUCGCGCAAAAACUCAGAGGUGCUGAUUGAAAUGCAGGACGAAGACUUUGGACUGAAGAGUUCUCCAGCAAUUGAAGGUUUAAUAAAGGCGAGCCUUCCGGGAGAGGAAGUUGGUGACGAUAAGAGCUGCCACUGUGAAUUCUUCACUCAAGAGUUACCACCAGGCUUGAAAGUUGCAAUCAGAGCAAUCUGCAUCAUGAGCUUCCUGGUGUCAAAGAGGAGGUUCAAAGAGAGCUUGCGACCCUACGAUGUCAUGGACGUGAUUGAGCAAUACUCCGCUGGUCACCUGGACAUGCUGUCGCGCAUUAAGAACCUGCAGAC